ACCCCCGACGGCCGCGCGACGUUCAAGGCGCUGGCGUGGAACGUCGCCGGCCUGCGCGCGCUCAUGGAGAAGAACCCGGGGACGCUCCGCGCGAUCGUAGACGCCGAGCGACCGGACGUGCUCUGCCUGCAGGAGCACAAGCUCCAGGACGUGCACGUGAGCGACCUCACGACGAAGCUCAAGACGCUGCUGCCGGAGUAUCCGACGGUGCGCUUCGCGGUGAGCACGAAGAAGAAAGGGUACAGCGGCGUCGCGCUCCUCGGCGUCGUCGAAGGCCUCGGCGGGAACGGCCACGCGAUCGGGAAGCACGUGGACGAGGGGCGGCUGCUCACGAUGGAGUACGAGACGCACUGGCUCGUGCUCGCGUACGUCCCCAACUCGGGUGCGUCCUUGUCAUCACACCGGUUCCCGUACGACCGCGUUCGCUGGGAGGCGGACGUUCGCGCGUACUUGACGUCGCUGUGCGCGUCCAAGCCGGUCGUCUUCGGCGGCGACCUCAACGUCGCGCAUCUGGACGCGGACAUCUACAACGUCGGCGCGCCGCACGUGAAGAAGAGCGCGGGGACGACCCCGGAGGAGCGCGCCGCGUUCGGCGAGCUGUUGGCGACGGCGGGGACGCCGCCGGGGAUGUCGGACACACACUUCCACCCGGACGCGACCGGGUGGUUCACGUACUGGAGCCAGCGCGUUGGGAACCGACCGGUGAAUCGCGGGCUGCGGUUGGACUACUUCGUGGCGUCGAACGACAUCUUG